AUGCUUGCGCUGCGUCGACGACCAGCGCGACGCGCAGUAGCAGCAUCGUCUCUACGCAUGCAGUGCUUUACUACAGCAUCUGCAAAUACUGAGAAAGAUAACAUACUAACACCGAGUACAGUCGGUCCUUAUAUGUCAAAGCGGCUAGAGGAAUUUCCACCAGAAAAAAUCCGCAACUUUAGCAUUGUGGCACAUAUUGAUCACGGUAAAUCGACGCUAGCAGAUCGAUUGCUGGAAAUGAGUGGCAAUAUCUCGCGUCAAGAGCGAGAGAGUGCUCAGUUUUUAGACAAUUUAAAGGUCGAACGAGAUCGAGGAAUUACAGUUAAAGCGCAGACAGCAUCAAUGGUGUACCGAGAUAGUACGACUGGAAAAACAUACAUGCUCAAUUUGGUUGACACACCAGGACACGUGGACUUCAGCUACGAAGUGAAUCGCUCACUUUCUGCCUGUGAAGGAGUUUUACUAUUAGUAGACUGUUCACAGGGAAUUCAGGCUCAGACGUUGGCUACGUAUUAUGCAGCAAAGGAGAGGAAUUUGCAUGUGGUACCAGUCUUGACAAAAAUUGACAUGCCACAUGCUGAAAUCGAUGACAAUAUCUUGAGUUUGUCGUCGUUGUUAGAUGUGGACCCGGAUGAUGUACUUUUGACCUCAUCAAAGAGUGGAGAAGGUAUUGAAAAUGUGCUCCCGACGGUAGUGAACAAACUGCCACCUCCGGUUGAGUGUAAUCCUAAUGCACCGCUUAGGUGCUUGCUAGUGGACUCAUACUACGAUGAUUAUCGUGGAACCGUGUGUCUUGUAAAGGUCGUUGAUGGUGCUAUUUUUCCUGGAGAUAAAAUUUAUAGUGCACAUUAUACAACAAAACAUGAUGUUCAGGAAACGGGGUUGCUGCUGCCUGGACGAUUUAAGACGAAGGGGUUAUACGCUGGCCAGGUAGGAUAUAUUAUUGCAGGUAUGAAAUCCACUACUGAAGCAAAAGUUGGAGAUACUUUUUUUCGUGAAGGCGCUGCAUCGGCAGAUUUGAAGGCACUGCCCGGUUUUCAAGAGGCUCGUAGCAUGGUUUUUGCAAGUAUGUACCCUACUGACGAAUGCAGCUUUGAUGAAUUGCGCUUUGCUAUUGAAAAGCUUACACUGAACGAUGCAAGCGUGACGACUCAGCAGGAAACUAGCGGUGCACUGGGUAUGGGCUUCCGCUGCGGUUUCUUGGGGCUUUUACACAUGGAGGUGUUUCAUCAGCGUCUUUCUGAUGAGCAAGGAAUACAGGUUAUGGUCACAGCGCCGAUGGUACCGUACACUGUGAUUGAUUCAACAGGAGAACACUUUGCUGUUGAAACCCCUGCCGCGUUUCCAGAAUCAACAAAGUACUGCGAGAUCCUAGAGCCAGUGGUAGAGGCAUCAAUUAUCACUCCGGUGUCAUAUCUGGGUACCGUUUUAGCACUUGUUAAGGAGAAGCGCGGUGUUCAGACGAACCUUGUGUAUCUCGAGGAUGAGCGCGUCAUCGUAACCAUUAACGUACCGUGGCAAGAAGUCGUCACUAACUUUUACAACGAGCUCAAGAUAAUCUCCUCUGGCUACGCAACGCUCAACUACCGCGAAGUUGAACCACAAAAGUCAGAUAUUGUGAAAGUGGACUUACUGAUCAACGGAAAAGUGCUCGAUGCGCUAUCUUUUGUGUGUCAUCGAAGCCGCGCCACGCUCGAUGGCCGCGCAUUAUGUCAAAAGCUGAAGCGUGUUAUUGAUCGACAGCAGUAUGAAAUCUCUAUUCAAGCUGCAUUGGGUGGCAAAAUAUUUGCCAAGGAACGGAUUGCGCCAUAUCGCAAGGACGUACUUAUCAAAUCCGGCAAAACUGUUGGCGGAGGUGAUAGCACCCGAAAGAAGAAGCUACUAGCCAAGCAAAAGCAGGGCAAGCGACGCAUGCGAACGGUGUCGAACGUGCAGCUUUCGCAGGAUGCUUUUUGGUCUGUACUUUCCAAAUAA